UCGCCCAGGUAGUCGCCGCGGGAUUCGCAGACGUGAGCGCUGGCCGCUCCCCCCCCCAAAAAAUAAGCGUUUUGUAGAAACAACUUUCACAUGAACGUCGAGAAGCGCGGCCACUCGAUAAGCGACCGUCGUGCAAAACCACGCCUCGUACGUAUUUGCGCGUAUGAUGGAUUCCUUUUAGUGUAUUUCCGCUAUUUUCAGAUGUUUGUUCAGACUCUUUGUGUUUGUCUGCUGACGAACAGCAGAUGCGUCGCAGGAAUGCGUGUGGUUAAUGGCUUACGUCACAGACACCGCGGGGGCCCGGGCCCCAUCUCAACCUUUUUUUCUUUUUUCUUUUUCUUUCUUACUUAUGUGAAAUGAACAAAGUGCACCAAAUCUCAACCUACAAUUUCUACAAUUUUUGUACUGCACGUUUCUUUUGCUUCCAAGCCGCCGAGCAGAGCCGAAGCUGCUGUAAGAACGGAGGGACCUGCAUUCUGGGCAGCUUCUGCGCGUGUCCUCCCUUCUUUAUCGGCCGCAGCUGUGAGUACAACCAGCGCAUCAGGCACUGCGGUGUGAUUCCGCACGGCGAAUGGGUGCGCAAGGGCUGCUCGUACUGCCGUUGCGGUUACGGUUUUCUGCACUGCUUCCCUCGCGUCUUCCACAAAGACUGUGAAGACUCCGAGGAGGUGCAGUGGUCUCACUCGUCCGCUGUUAGGACACUUCAGAACGGCUGCGUGCUCAGCCUGGCGCUGCUUCUACCGCGCUAUCUCUUCCUAUGAUGCAUAUACUGUACAUUUUUAACAAGGCAUCUUCCAAAGCUAUUCUGAGCUUCAAAUGUGUUUAUAAAAAACAAACAAACAAACAAGUAUUUAUUUUAUUCAAGUGAAAUGUUUUAGCAACAGAAGAUAAAAAUAUCUCUGGGGGGGGAAACAAAUGGAAGCAGGAUGUUGUCCCUGAUGAGUGAACUCUUUCAAACCCUGACGAGGACCCGUUGAAAAAGUUCAGCAACUGCUCGCCUUUAUGGCCCAAAAGAAACGCUCGCUGAUGCUGACUGCCCUUUUUUCCCCCCCAGCAGCUAACGCCUUUGUAAUUACAUCAAACGAGAAACAUCAUGUUAGGAAUGACUUCCAAAGUUUCCUUUGUGAACUCAAAUGAGUUAUUUACGUGUAUCCAACCACAUUUGUGCGCGUUUAUCUGUCUCGGAGACAGCGGUACAUCAAAUUCUACACAUUUUUGCAUCUUUAUUUGGAGGCUACUUUUUUCAUAAAAGAGUGAUGCCACCUUUUUUUUUUUUUUCCCUUGUUUUGAACUUUGUGUUUUCUGUUUGUUUGCACAAGUGAUGAGUUGGGUAUAAACUUGUAUGCACUGUUUAUUAAACUUGUUACAAAAAUGUG